AUGAACGUCCGCGGCUGGAAUGUUGAUAAUAUCUCUACGACUGUGAGUCAUUUUGGUUUUCAAGGCCGAUUUCUUACUCUUGUACUCACCUUAGUACACUUUUUCAUCGUGUUAGCAUUCCCCAUUCUAUGCUGUCUUCGAGUGGACAAGUUGAUCUCGAGCUCGUGGACUUUGGUCUUCACUCCACUGUGGAUACUGGACGUAAUUUACUACGGAAGUUUGUUGUUUCUGCUGAUCUUUUCGGAUGGAAAGCUAUAUACGUUUUGCAAGGACUUGCUGCUGUUCAUUGUGCAAGUUUUGAUCGUGUUAAGGCUGGACAGAGACGUGGAAUGGAACCUUGUAACAGUUCUGACUCCGUACUUCACGUACGAGUUUCUUAGUGUGUUGGAGGCUGUUUCUGGAGGCCUGUUGCGGGAUCAGAUGCUCGUAAAUGAUAGCGUCAAUGCUGGGAUCUCACAGAUAGAGAACAUUCAGACAGAACGUCAGUUGCUUUUCAAGGCAGUAGUGCGCAAGACGGGUUUGUCACUACUGCGCAUUGUUCAGACCUUAUUGAUUGGAAUGAAAGCUGACGGAAGAUUACAGGAUGCUAGCUGGUGGCGAGUGUUGAUUCCUGUAUGGAUUUUGGUGGUCUACCUCUUUUGGUAUCCCAUUAAGAAGUACAUCGAGUCAACGUCGACGUACAGAUUGUUGGAUGCAGUGCUUACAACUGGUGUCGUCUUUAUGCUAGUUGCUCCAUUCUUUUUAUUGACAGAACGAUUAGAAGGGAAAUCGAUGUCCAGUUUCAGCAUCGUGAUACCGUGGAUGCUUCUCAUGGGAGUAGCGUUCUUGUUUUUGUUUUGUGCGAUCUCUUUGGCGGGGUCGGAACGAAUUAUUCAAAGUGGUGUUCAGCCUACACGUCGACAUGCUCAGAGUCCUCCAUACCGUAACGAUUAUGUUGGCGUUGACAUGGACUAA